UGGAGGUGGGCGGGGUUAUAGUCGAGGGAGGUAGCCUGCGCCUGGCAGGUUUAUAUAGCACUCCAGGACUGGGCCGUCAUCAGUGGGCGGAGCUUCUUACAAUUCACCGUAAGUCUCCGCCCAUCCGCUGUUGGCCCUGCAAGUCGCUGUUCUACCGGGUGUGAGAUGGACGUGGAACCUGGAGUCUGGGCCCUGCUAGAGCGGGCAGUGAGUGCUAGCAGGGGCAGUAAGCUGGGAUGGCUGUGAGUGUUCAGAGUGGGCAGUGAGUGCUGGUGGGUCUGGGAGUAAGUGCCGUGGGGGUCUGGCUGUGAGUGUUCAGGGUGGGCAGUGAGAACUGGCAGUGACUGUGCUGGGGGGGGUGCUGGCAGUGAGUGUGCUGGGUCGGUGCUGGCAGUGACUGUGCUGGGGGGUGCUGGCAGUGAUUGUGCUGGGGGUGCUGGCAGUGAUUGUGCUGGGGGGUGCUGGCAGUGAGUGCAGGAUUGUGCUGGGGGUUCUGGCAGUGAUUGUGCUGGGGGUGCAUGGCAGUGAUUGUGCUGGGGGUGCUGGCAGUGAUUGUGCUGGGGGGUGCUGGCAGAUUGUGCUGGGUGGGUGCUGGCAGUGAUUGUGCUGGGGGUGCUGGCAGUGAUUGUGCUGGGGGUUCUGGCAGUGAUUGUGCUGGGGGUGCUGCUGGCAGUGAUUGUGCUGGGGGUUCUGGCAGUGAUUGUGCUGGGGUGCUGGCAGUGAUUGUGCUGGGGGUUCUGGCAGUGAUUGUGUUGGGGGUGCUGGCAGUGAUUGUGCUGGGGGGGUGCUGGCAGUGAUUGUGCUGGGGGGUGCUGGCAGUGUGCUGGCAGCUGGCAGUGAUUGUGCUGGGGUGCUGGCAGUGAUUGUGCUGGGGGUGCUGCAGUGAUUGUGCUGGGGGUGCUGGCAGUGAUUGUGCUGGGGGGGUGCUGGCAGUGUGAUUGUGCUGGGGUGCUGGUGCUCAGGCGGUGAUUGUGCUGGGGGUGCUGGCAGUGAUUGUGCUGGGGGUGCUGGCAGUGAUGUGGGGGGUGCUGGCAGUGAUUGUGCUGGGGUGCUGGGAGUGAUUGUACUGGGGUGCUGGCUGCAGUGAUUGUGCUGGGGGUGCUGCAGUGAUUGUGCUGGGGGUGCUGGCAGUGAUUGUGCUGGGGGUGCUGGCAGAUGCUGGGGUGCUGGGGGUGCUGGCAGUGAUUGUGCUGUGCUGGCAGUGAUUGUGCUGGGGGGGUGCUGGCAGGAUUGUGCUGGGGGGGUGCUGGCAGUGAUGCUGGGGGGUGCUGGCAGUGAUUGUGCUGUGCUGGUGUGGGUGCAUGGCAGUGACUGUGCUGGGUGGGUGCAUGGCAGUGACUGUGCUGGGUGGGUGCAUGGCAGUGACUGCUGGGUGGGUGCUGGCAGUGACUGUGCUGGGGGGGUGCUGGCAGUGACUGUGCUGGGGUGCUGUGACUGUGCAGUGAGUGACUGUGCUGGGGGUGCUGGCAGUGAUUGUGCUGGGGGUGUGGUGGGUGCUGGCAGUGAUUGUUCUGGGGGUGUGGGUGCUGGUGCUGGCAGUGAUUGUUCUGGGGGGUGUGGGUGGGUGCUGGCAGUGAUUGUUCUGGGGUGUGGGUGGGUGCUGGCAGUGAUUGUUCUGGGGGUGUGGGGUGUGCUGGCAGUGAUUGUUCUGGGGGUGUGGGUGGGUGCUGGCAGUGACUGUGCUUUGGGUGGGGGGGUGAUUGUUGUAAAUUUAUUUCACUAGAUCUCGAAGUGUGGAGCUAUUUGAUUAACUGAACAACAGUAUAAGCUCUGUUCAGUUUAGAACAUAGUCUCCAAAAAUACUGUUUAGUUAAACCUGUAUGUAAUAAUGUAAAUAUAUAUUGACCUAGGUUCAUUUUAUUACUUUCACGUGUGUUGUUUCCCCCCUGUUUUAAAUUUAUGAAUAAUAAAGAUUUGACUUUUUUAUCACCAUUUAGGGACAGACCGCCUCUUAUGUAUUUCUGUAUUGAAUCAAGGGUUACCCCCUUAUCUCUCCUGACUUGAUCAUAUUCAGAAGAUUAACUGGUUUCACCCUCUCUUGUCAAUAUUGACAGUUUCUGUACUAUUAGAUGUAAAAUAGAGUUCUCUGCAAUCUACCAGAUUAUGUUUAAUAUAUGGGAUAUUCGGUGCCAGAGAGAGAAGGCUAUCCUUAAGUCUGGUUAUUUCUUAAUUGCUAUUUACACAUAGAGCAUAGGAACAUGUGUGCAAAUUGUCCAUGUCAGUGACUUGUUACUGUUUAUUUUGUGUUAAACCCAGAUUGUGAUAAGUUAGUGCUUCAUUCCUUUCCAGUCUGGAAUUCAGAGGGUUAAAAGGACACUUUACUGCCCAUAUACAAAAAAAUCAUGAUUUAGUAGAUCUACCUCCAAUGAUUACAUGUAUGUAUUUAAUUUUCCUUUUUUUUGGGGAUAACUUGCCCAUUGGAGUGGUCUGGGUGCCAACUCUCACUACUCCUUUUUUAUAAACUGCAAUAAUUACAUUGCAGGGUUAACUCCACCUCUAGUGGCUGUCUAGUAGACAGCCACUAGAGGGCACUUCCUUGUCCACAGCACAGGAAACCUGUGCUAGAGCGUCGCUGGACGUCCUCACGCUGUGUGAGGACCUCCAGCAUCGUUCAUUUCACCAUAGGAAAGUAUUGAAAUGCAUUUUCAAUGCUUUCCUAUGGGGAUCGCUAAUGCGCAUGAGCGGCAUUGCCGCGCAUGCGCAUUAGGAAUCCCCGGCCGGUGGGCGGGAUCAGUCUCGCCCACUGGCCGACGCAAUCAGAGGGAGGAGCGGUGCGGAGGAAGAAGCAGCGACGUGGGACAUCGUCACUGCCUCUGGUAAGUUACUGAAGGGGGUUUCACCCCUUCAAUGCUUUCCUAUGGGGAGCGCUAAUACGCAUGAACGGCAUUGCCGCACAUGCGCAUUAGGUCUCCCCGGCCGGUGGGCGGUAUCAGUCUCGCCCACCGGCCACGCAAUCAGAGGGAGGAGCGGCGCGGAGGAAGAAGCAGUGAAGUGGGACAUAGUCGCUGCCUCUGGUAAGUUACUGAAGGGGGUUUCACUCCUUCAGCAACCGGGGAUUGUGGGGUGGGAGGGAGAGGGGACCUGCAGUGCCAGGAAAAAGGAUUGUUUUCAUGGCACUGGAGUUUCCCUUUAAUGAGAAGUCGUUGCAAGCUUGAUUGACAGCUAGUGAGUGCAUAAAAAUGCUAAAAUCUGCACUUUGUAAAAUGGGGGACUGGGGGAGUACACAGCUCUUCAAGCAAGUUUUUUUAGGGGUCUGGAGUGUCCUUAAAAGUAAGUGUGUUUUUUUUUUUAUUUAUUUUUUAUUUUACAAAAAGUGCAGAUUUCAAUAGAAACUGGCACUUUUAUAAAUUACUAUAGUUACACCCCCUGGCUUUCAAUUAGACAACUGGUCCUGUUACUUCCUGGUUGCUUAGCUCAGUGGAGCUGAUCUCAAGAGGCAGACCAGUACCUUUCAAAGAUUUCUCAUUGAGCUGCAUUUGGAAGUCUGUGAUUGAACAGUUAAUUAACUGCAUGCAUGUUUUCAUUUGGAGUAUAUUUACUAAGCAGUGAUUUUGUGUAUAUUUAGGCAGUUUAGUCUAGGGCCUAUCCAAGAUAUAUUUAUUAUUAUUAUUAUUUAUAAAGCACAAACAAAUUCUGCAGCGUUGUACAAUGGGUGUUCCUGUUUGUGUGCACUAUUGAGUGCCAGACGGAUAGUGACUCAUACAAUAUGUUGUAUAUUUCAAAUUGUGUAUUUAGUUUUUUUGAAUGUUUUGUUUUAUUCCUUUGUUUAGCCUAUUGACUGGACUGAAGCAUGGCUGAUUGGACUCAUGAUAUUCCACAUAUUGUGCUUUGUGAUCACUUGUAUCUCCUUUAAAUAUUACAAGCUUCAGAUUGUUCACUUUCUGGUAAUGGGUAAGUUAGAUAAUGUAUUCUCAGAGUUAAAGUAGAACUUUUCACACCUAUGGAAUUUACACCAUUGAAUAAAACAUUAAAAAAGCACCUAUAACUUGAAUUGAACAGGGAUGCUCCGUUUUCAUUUAAUUUGAUAUUAAACAUUUAUCAAAUGACAUCAUACAAGGCAAAUAAGCAGCAGAAAUAGAAACUUUGUUUAAUUCCUCCUCUUCUCUGUAUGAUUUCUCUGCGCUGGCUGUCACAAGCAAAUGACAGAGCUUAUAAUAAUGAAUAACAAAGAACUAAGAUGGCUGCGCACAUCUUAGAGAGGUAGAUUUCUCCAAUUACAAUAUUUUUUUUUUUUUUUUUUUUUUUUACACUUCACAAAUAUGUAUUUGUUAAAAUACCGGUUUUAAGUUAUUUGAAUUGCCAUUCACUGCAAUGUUUUGUACCUCUAGUGAAAUUGUAUGCCACCAGGGCAGGACUGGAAAAAUUAUUUGGCCCAGGAAUUUUCUAAUCAGAGAGGCCCACUGGUACGGGGUGCUGCCUUAAGCUUUUGUGUUUCUACAGCUCGGUUAAGCAUGGUCAUUGUGGUUUAGUUAAACCUGUCUGGCAACCUUUAGCCAAUUUCUCUGUAAUAUUCUGAUACAGUACAUUACUGCUGCAAUGUGCAAAGCCUUCUGGAUUAUAUGUAGCUGUAUAUAGAUCAUUCCAAUGUUGGGGCUUUUCUUUGAUACUUUGAUACCUUACCUACUGUUUGCUUGGGAGUCUAUAGUUAUUUGGGUGUGUGACAAAAUUUUUUUCAUAUAAAUGCCCCUUCUAAUGAAGUUUUUAGCUGCAGCAAUUUUUACAAACCACUUUUGGGAAAAUGGGACCAAGGUACUCUGCACCACAUGCAUUGCAAAGUUGUCAUAGAACUUUAGAACUUCGAGUGACCCGUUAAGACUUUAGAAGACAAAUAUAAGAAAUAUAUAUUCACUUUUGAAAAGGAAAGCAAAUGAGGCAUUAAAAAUUUUCUUUUUCUUUUUUUAACAGUUGGUUUGGUAGGCUCUGCUGAAUACAUCAAUGAAGUUGCAGCUUUUAACUGGAGGUAUUUAAUUUGUAGCCUGUAAAUCUGGAUAACAUAUUUUUUCUAAGUGGCCUAAAUUAUUAUUACUAAAAUCUAGUUGGCUCUUGUGCACCUAUUGUCCUCCCCUCCCCCAUGAGCAGCGGGUUGGGGCCCUAAAUGACAAUGGGGGGGUGAGUGCUGUGAGUGAGGUAAAUGUAGAGACAAUCAGAGCGCUCUGAGCCAAAUUGCAGGGCGUGGGAAGGCUUUAUAAACCUUUCCCCGCCCUGCAGAGCUCAGUCUGCACGGUGCCCUCGCUGGGUGAAGAUGGAUUUUUUUUUUAUAAUUUUUAAUUUUUUGCACUCAGGUUUUUCGAAUUUUUUUUUUUAUUUUUUUUUUUUUUUUUUUUUUUUUUUUUUUUUUUUUUUUUUUUUUUUAUUUUUUUUUAAUAAGCUUGACGGGUAUUAUAUAUUUUUUAAAUUUAUUUUUGGGGGGCUGAAAAAAGGUCUUAGAAAAAAGAAGACAUCAAAUGGUAAGUAUUUUUUUUGUUUAUUUACAGGUCUUUAGUUUUAUUGUCUCCCCCCUCACUAUUUUUAGGGUGAGGGGGGUAGGUAGGGCUUUAUUUAAUUUUAUUUGAGUGGUGUGAAUAGGGUCUUGGGGAACCCUAGUUACAUGGGGGGGUGUUUUUUACUCUUAGCCCCCACCCGCCACUCAUGCGUGGCGGCUGGGGUGGGAGGACAGUAGAUCCACCCCUAUUUUCAUUUAGGGCCCUUCCCCGUUGCUAAUGGUGGGGUCCAGGGGAAGGACAAUAGGUUCCUUCACACCUUAUUGUAAUUUAGGGCCCCCAAUCCGCCACUCAUGGAUGGGGCCCGUGGGAGAGGACAAUAGGUCGCCAGUCUUAUUGUAAUUUAGGGCCCCCACCUGCCACUCAUGGGUGGGGGCCGGGGGGAGGUCAAUAGGUGUGUGUCCCUACCCCCCCCCCCAUUUUCAUUUAGGGCAGGAGGACAAUAGGUUCCAUCCACACACCCCUCCCCCCCCCAUAUUUUUAUUUUGUGCCCUCCACUUGCUGCUCACAGGUGGGGGCCAAGGGGGGACCCUAUGUCCCCCGUUUACUUCAAUAGGCCCCACCUGCGGGGCUCGGGGAACACACUGUCCUCCCCAGGCUACUUAAGAGAUCCACCCUACAAUGGGGACAUUUAUUGGGGGAGGAGAGGGGUGUUUUUUUUGUUUUGUUUUUUCAAACAGUGAGCAGCCAUGGGCUGCUCACUGUUUACUAGACAUAUCCCUACACGUGAUAUAGCAAGUAGGGUCAGAUUAAUUUCUAAUACUAAUUAAUUUUUAUUUGGUAUUAGUAGAGUUGGCUGAAAGAUCAAUCUUGGUCUUUCAGCCUUUUGGUAGAUCGCUCCCUAAUACCGUGGGAAUUAUAGAGCUAUCUACUAAGCGGCUGCAAGAUGCAGCCGCAGCAUGGAUCGUAAAUUUCAUUCAUUCGAAUGAAAUUUUGAACCCACCUAAAAGUACAGAUUGUCGUCCUAACAUGAUUGAACAAACUGUUUUCAUUCUGUUAGGGUGAAAUUCGGUAGUUUCGCUGGCGUUCUAUCUAAAUGAUAGGACGUUCAGGAAUAGUGAAAGAAGGCAUCGCGAGAUCACUGAGGAAAGGUCAGAAUUGGGAAAUUGCUCUGACCACAGGAAAUGGAGCACACUUUGCUCCUCCCCUGGUCAGGCAUAGGAAAUAUAUAUAUAUAUAUAUAUAUAUAUAUAUAUAUAUAUAUAUAUAUAUAUAUAUAUAUAUAUAUAUAUAUAUAUAUAUAUAUAUAUAUAUAUAACAAAAUAGUCCCUACUUUGUCAAAAGGUUUUAAAGAAAACUAGAGCAGACAGGAAGAAAUGAAGAACAGGUCCUGAGAGAGGAAGAGAAGAAGAAGCAUUAGGGAAAGGUAAGUUUGGCAUGACAGUGCCGCUUUUAUUACAGUUGUGAAAUUGUUGAUUCUAUGGACUCUAAAUCUGAACUUGUAUUUUUCUACAGGUCAUAUUCAAAACAGCAAUAUUUUGAUUCCGCUGGGAUGUUCAUUUCUUUGGUAUUUUCAGCCCCUUUGUUAUGUAACACAAUUAUUAUUGUGGUAAGUAUACUUAUGUGCGAGAAUUGCUUUUAUUUCCAUAUUUAAAUGUCCUGUUUGGUGUAACCAACUCCUCAAAGUUGUGGAAAUGUUAGGAUUUAUGUAUGUCUGAAGGAUCAGAGUGUGAGAGUAAUGGUUUUGUUUGUAGCCUCAUUCCCUUUACAUGUUGCUUGUCCAUCUUUCUCUCAUGGGAAGGGAUUGUGAUGUGGAAUGCUAGUUACACUUGGAGUAAUUGUGAUUGGGGGGAGAGGGGAGGGACAGAUCAUUCCCUUAUAUCUCAUUUACUCCACUCUGUCACUUAUGUUCCCAUCAUGUGUGCACUCCAUUUUACAUGCCUCCUCAUAUUGGAUUACAUUUACCAGUGAUUGGGGGCUCAUCUCUGGGGUCUAGUGAUUUCUGUACAGCUCUUUAGCAGUUCACUCUGUAGCGAAGCAUGGCAACAGAUGUCUGUGCCCUGCUUUGCUGCAGCGUAAGCAUCCGUCAAGGUUGGAGCCCAGCAUCAGGCAGCCAGAUUACCCAUUAGGUAACCAAGCUGAUCUUCUUGGGCCCAGGCUCAGACAAAGGUGCGUUGGGUUCGGUCUCUACUCCUGAUGCUUCAGCUCUGAGCAAGCCCCCCUCGGGCCUCAUGGAGAGUAACAAAUUACCCUGUCCACUUUGUUUGGCCCCACCUGAGCUUUUCAAAGUGCCACGUGUUCUGUAUGGUCUAUGUAAAAGUGUUUAUUUCUAGGAGAUAUUUGUAGCAAAACCUUCAUGCCUUUUAUUUAUUUUAUUUUUUUCUUAUGCUUUUGGAAAUGUAAUUUCCUUGUUAAAAGUAAACAAAUGGAUUUAGGAUGACAACAGUGGCACUAAUGAGUUUCUUCCAGAGGAAAAAAUAAAACCUAUGUCAAUAUGGUUUUUAGAUUUGCUUAUAUCAUAAUGUCUUCUCCUUUUUUAUUCUUUAAUAGGUUCACUGGGUGUAUAAAACAUUGUCAGUUAUGACUGAGCUGAAAACGAUAAAGCAUAAAAGAAAGGAGGCCAAGAAAAAGAGGGAGAAAAGCGAAUAGUUGUACACCUGAAAGUUUCUGGACUCCAGUUCAGCCAAACAUUCUCUAGGAAAUUCACAUUCACUUUAAAGCAGCAAAAUGACAGUUACAUAAAUCAGCAAAUGUCUUCAAAAACAUGUAUACCAGGCCAAAACUCAUGAGACUGAAUUCCUUUUUAAAUAUUUUAGUGCAAUACAUUUAUUAGCCCAGCCAUGAAAGCAAAGCUUCCAAAUCUGGCGUCCAAAGAAGUGUGAUGCCGGUGGGAGGAGGGUAAUGAGCGUGAAUGCAUGCCAGGCUGUCUUCCUAUCAUUUAAGUCCAUCCCACUGAGGACAGAUCCUUGCAAAGAGCACUGUUUGUUUCAGCUCUGUUUGGUCAUAGUGCCCUGAACUUGAACUGAUGCGCUCACAACAUGUGUUUUGGGAACAGUUCCCUAGUGUCUCCAAAAGCCAGGACCUACAGAUUGAGACUGUCUUGACAGUAGGGAGGCCUGUGAAAGAGUUAAAUUGACUUACCAAGGACCAAGUAAUUUAAUGCUGCAUCUUUAGAUAGGCCAUGAUGUCAUCUUUUGAAGUAUUUAUUUUUUAUUAAAUAAUGUGGAUGUUUUUAAAAUCUUUCUUUGGCAGUGAUUUAUUUAUUCCGUGAGAGGUGUUAUUAAACUUUCCUCAUUGUAAUCCGUGAAUUGUUAAGUG